AUGUCAUAUCAGAAUUACAGUUCUCCAGUUGAUAACACUAAUAAAAAUGGUUACUCUUGGUACGAGUGCGAUUGCUGUCCUUAUGGCUACCACAUCGACCUCGAUUUCGUGCGUUACUGCGAAUCUAUCAUCAAAGAGGACGAUAAUCGUACAGGCUCGAUCAAGCGGCGAAAAGAUAGAAGAAGACAGAGACAGUCCAUGGAAGUACUGCUGGGACUCACGCCUCCAGUCCUAGCAGUCCUGGAACAAAGUUAUAAGCCAAUUCAUGAGCAGAACACUCCAUCUCCUGUAGUAACGAAAACGCCAACCUCAAAAUUUCCAUUUCAAGGCGAUGGAUUCGAUGAUGCAGUGUUCGAUUUUGAAAGAGCCCUCCAGAGGUCGAAGAACAAGUUGUCUAAUAACUUGCCAGAUGUUACUGCAGUCUCAGCGUCCGGCAAGACCGUGACCGCUAUGCCAACGGCCCAUGAUGGGCUUACCCUCGCCACUAAACAGCAUGACUUCGAUGCCGUCAGCAUAGAGUCAUGCGGGAUGAGCCCUUUGGCCUUGCAGAAUAUCCGAGAACAGAUGGCACUCAGCUUGGAGAGGACGAAGCAGCUGGAGGACCAAGUGAAGUUGCUGCCGGAGCUCAAGGAUCAAGUAUCCACGUUGAAGGAAGAGAAUAGACGCCUUCUGCUGAGGUUGAAAUCGGAAGAAACGGUUAAAUUAAACUCUCUGAAUGGUAACUAUAUUCAGCCCAACUAUAACCGCCAAAGAUCACAAUCAUUCACAAACGUAGACAAAAUAGAAAAUUCCACAAAAAAAGAAUCUCCCCCUCCACCACCUCCUCGAAAGGAUUUCGGCGUGAUGUGUGGGGUACUCACAAGAAAUAUCGGUGUAGGACACCAAAAUCCUAACACAAAAAGUGUUUCAACUACAACAAUAGAAAACGAUAUCGGCGACAAAUGGCUCCCAGAAAAAGUAAAAUUCAUGAACAUCCAAAACAGCCUGAACACCUUCAAAAAAAUAUCCGUUUCUAGAGAAACGCAAACAAUAUUGUCAAGAGACAAACGAGAUGUUGGCAUACAAUUCAAGUUCGAGGCGCCUCAACCACCAAAAUCAGUGUCCUCCACACAAACCAGUGAGAUACAAAAACAAAUCAGCCACAGAGGGGUACUAGCGAAGGCUAGGGUGUCUGACUUCGCCAUUCAAAAAUGCGUCGAAUGCUACUCAAUAGGCUGUUCAGACGACACCAUAAACGACAUAGUCUGCGAGAAAUGCAACGCCUUCAAGAGAUCUGUAGCGGUAGGCCCUGACACCAGCGAGGACAUCCACACGUCCCCGGUCUCUUUAGCCUCGCUGACGUCCAGAAGCAAAUCCUUCAACCUGGGAGAAGACAGACUGAAUUUGAGUGUCAGGACUCGGACUGUGGGGUCGCAGCAUGAACCCGAUACCAAGAGCAGGUCCUGCCAAUCGGACUUGAGGGCGAAAUCCUCCUCGAAGUCUUGCCAGUGCGAACGGAGCACGGCCGAGAAGAAUACUCAGUACGAGCCUAGGGGUAGUACGUCCAAGCACACCGACACCCAGGAUCUGAGGGUGCCGACAAGGCACGUAGGGUGCGAGGCUAGGGAAGUGAAGUCGGGUACUUGCGAGGUGGCGUGCAACACGUCCGAGGAGGCGUUGUGCGGCAAGUGCGAGAAAGAGAAGGAGAGCCUGAAGAAGGACGGCGGUAGCCCGACGCCUUCUAGGAUCCCCAGACCGCAGAUACCCACCACGCCGGUGGAGAACAGGAAGUUCAGGAGGCAGGAUACUUACACGAAGAUAUAUUCGCCGCCCGCAGAGACGACGUCGCUGACUAGCCGAAAAAAUUUCUCACGAAGAAAAGUCAAUUGUAGGUUAUCAGGUCUAGACUUAUCCUCAAAAACGAUAUCAAACGAAACGACUAGCCCCUUAGAAAAAGUGAAGAACAACUUCAAGCUAGGAGAAGCUCCCAUAUCACAAGCUCAAAAUGGAAUGAUAGGUUCAGCUCCUAUAACCAAAGUUCAAGUUCAAGAAGUCACACUGCCUGUUUCAACCAUUUUUCCGUCAAUUGCCAGUCAGAAUAGGAAGAAAGCUAUCCCCAGUAAAGAAAUGCAAGGUGCUAUGAAGGUGCUCAAUGACUCGCUCCUGAAGAACCCCACGAAGACCUCCAAAAAUCACAGCGCCAUAAACAUCGUCCAGCAAGAAUGGUUCAAAAUAUCCAGCAUGGUGACAGCAGAUCCCCUCGACGUUGAAGACUACCUCGACGCCCUGGAAGACAUGUCCAGUCUGCUGCUGGAGCACGUUGUCAACAUGUGCGAUUCCAGUGGCAACACCGCGAUGCAUUACGCGGUGUCCCACGGCAACUUCGAUGUCGUCUCCAUUCUGCUGGAUUCCAAAGUGUGCGAUAUCAACAAGCAGAAUAAGGUGGGGUACACCAGUGUCAUGCUGGUAUCCUUGGCGGAGGUGAGAUCUCAGACGCAUGCGAAUGUCGUGAGGAGGCUGUUCCAGUUAGCCGACGUCAACAUUCGAGCUAAGCAGCAUGGACAAACCGCAUUGAUGCUAGCAGUCAGCCACGGACGACUGGACAUGGUGAAGCUGCUGCUGGAAGCAGGAGCAGACAUCAACAUCCAAGACGAAGACGGAAGUACAGCCUUGAUGUGUUCCGCUGAACACGGUCACAUCGAGAUCGUGAAGCACCUGCUCUGCCAACCAGAUUGUGAUUCAACUAUUACUGAUGUGGAUGGCAGUACAGCGUUGAAAAUAGCGAUGGAAGCUGGUCAUCGCCACAUUGGCGUACUUCUGUAUGCUCACGAGAGGACUCUGCAAAAGACCCACAACGUUAAGGUGAAGAAAACCAAAUCAAUGAGUCCCAAAGCUACCCCAUCUUCUCCCCUACCUAUUAGAAGUAGCCAUCGUGCCUUAACAGAUACAAAGCCUAAAUAA